AGCACAUUGGACCCAGAUGCGUUGACUUCCACUUGCUGGCCUAAGAGAGACGAACAUUGUCUUGUGGGAUUUCUCGCCGUCACCAUAAACCCUGGCAUCCACAAAGGCUUGGAGCAGAAUUUCAAAGGGACGCUUAUCGGCCUGUGUCCGCGCUUCUUCGAACUUCCCGAUCUCAAGGAAGUCAUUAGAAAGUUUGACAGGAAGGAUACAACUCUGGUCGUGACAGCUGCCUUGACUAUUGUUCAUGAAAUGCAGCAUGUCUUUAUGACCACUGGCAAGGGAAGACUUUGUGUUGAUCACAAAUAUGAUGCCGAAGAAUGCAAGAAACUUGACGAAAAGAAAAAGAUCACGAACGCACAGAAUAUGGCCCUCUUUGCCUUGGAUGUCACUGCGCACCCAGAGCGAGGCUGCCUAUCGCCUAAGGAAGGAUGUUGCUGGUGUUAA